GAGUGUCGAUGCCUUGGUGGAGCUAGCGGCUGAUCCUCAGGAAAAGGGGCUGAAGGUCUUCGAGCACAUCACGAAGAUGCGAUGCAGGCUUCGUUCUAUUUGCUGGGACUUCGAAGCGCAGGGCGCUAGAGUUGACGAGGACUACAUCGACCAGGUCACGGGCAUGGUCAUCUACGGCGCGAUGAAGAACACCUUGCCCGAGCUAAAGGUCCAGGACAAGCAUGUUCAGGUCAACGGCUUCAGUCAGUUCAAGUUCUUCGCCAAGAAGGUUCUUCUGCAGAGCAUCGGGAAGAGACGGUGUCUGCAAGCGACCUUGAGCGACCCCGUGACGGAGGUCGGCGAUAUCGAGCAUGGGGCGAGUGGAGCUAUCAGCGACGAGCCAGUGUACACCGACGCCGACGUGGUGGCCUACGCGCUCGACUGCGAGCCCUUGGCAGAGCACCUGGUUGGUCUGAUCAAGAAAGCGCCGAUCGACCUUCCUAACUCAGCGAUUGCAGCUUCCCCCGAGACUCUCAACAACGUGCUGCUCGCAACCAUGCAGAAGGUGCAAGCGAUGGGGGGUACGCUGGCAUGCAAGGAAGAUGCGAUGGACGUGUUGAUGCGUGAGGUGAUUUCUCGCGCUGAGAAGGUCUUCCCGAACGAGCUCGACGCGAUGCUGACCAAGAUCAGGCAUUUCAUACAAGACGGGCACCACAGCACGCUCAUCAAUAAUGACGCCAUCAAGUACAUCAUCGAUGCUGGUUUGGACGUGGAGGGGCCCAUCAUCACCAUGCAGCCGCAUCUGCCGCCACUCGCGCAUGGCUUCUGCAAGCAGUUCCUCGACAAGUACGAGAUAAGCAAAUGCAAGGACGACAUGGGCAGCAUCCCGCGGGAGUUCUCGAGGCUGAGGGACGCUAUCAAGGAGAAGCGUGAGAGCACACUGCCUGCCGAUACCACGCCAGUCUUGUUCAGGGGUGCGAUGGCUGCUUGGGCACUCGACGCCAUGGCUUGCCACAACCACUGCCUGGAGCACAACGGGGCGGCCCACAAGAUGGCCAAGGAUAACGUGGUGAAGGCCACCAGCAGCGCGAAGUCGUGCCAGGAAGCCAAGAUGGUCGUCGCAAAGGUGCUGCAGAGUCGUGCUUUGCCGAUUCUGACUCAGGACAUUCUCGUCUUCCCAGAGAAGAGGCAGAGCGCCUGCAAGGAUGCCGCUGCGGCCAUGGAUGAGAUCAACUGGAAGGCGGCGCGAUCGGAGAAGCUGAUUGACGCGAGUGGAGGGCUCUACGCACUGGGCCAAUUCGUGGAAAGAUCGAGGCCUGGGGUCAAGAAGGUCGCAAUCCAAACGCAAGGAGAACAACGGCAACCACAGAGCGCACCCCAGCAAAUGGAGGCAGCUCAAUUGCAUAGUGUGCCGCCGGAGCGGAAGUGCACCACCGUGUCGAGCAAGUUGGACAAAGUGCGCGAGGGUGAGCCGAUGGAUCCAGAUGGCGAAGGCCUCGGCGAGCUCGACAAGAGGAACCCGAUGGCAGCUGUGCGGAAAGCUGUGCUCUUGCGGGCGAAGCGCGAGUACCUCGACAAGGGCGCUCAUGAGGGCUACGAGUACAUGGCGAUCUGCGACGUGGCGGAUGACAAGGAGGCUGAGGCGACUGCGAAGAGCAUGGAGAAGGAUGCCCAGGAGCUGCGGGACGCCAAGGCGGCCUUGAGCCAGACAAAGGAGAAGAAGAAGGGGGCGCUGUACUUCAAACGCCUGGGGCCGAAGGGCAACGUUGAUAUGCGCUACUGGGGCAAGGUCAUCACGUGCGAGAGCGCUUUCUCCGUGAAACGUGACUUGCCCCUGCCGCUGGA